AUGGAGAUAGCGCUUCGAUCCGUCCUCUUCUUCUUGAUGUUGUUCAACUAUGCUGCCGCUCAAAACGCAACCAGAGGAGGCUUGAAGGAGCUUCAUGUUGGGGUGAUCCUUGACCUGGGUAGCUUGGUAGGCAAAAUAGCACGAACCAGCAUUUCAUUGGCUAUGGAUGAUUCCCAUGCAGCUCAUCGAAACUAUAGUACAAGGCUGGUUCUCCACAUCAGGGAUUCCAAGAGUGAUGAUGUACAGGCUGCAUCUGAAGCCAUUGACCUACUUGUGAAUUAUAAAGUAGAAGCCAUAAUUGGUCCUCAGAAAUCUUCGCAGGCUGUAUUUAUAUCAGAUCUUGGAAAUAAAAGUCAAGUCCCAAUCAUUUCCUUCACGGCAACUAGUCCAUCACUUUUUUCUAGCAGUCUUCCAUAUUUUGUGCGUGCAACAUUAAAUGAUUCCGCACAAGUGACUAGCAUUGCCUCCCUAAUUAAGGCCUAUGGAUGGAGAGAGGUGGUUCCUAUCUACGAAGACACGGACUAUGGAAGAGAUAUUAUACCAUACUUUGUUGAUGCCCUCCAAGUAAUUGAUGCUCGUGUUCCUUACAGAAGUGUGAUCCCGCUGUCAGCAAAAAGUGAGCAAAUUACCCAAGAACUUUUUAGGUUGAUGACUAUGGAAACAAGGGUAUUCAUUGUGCAUAUGUCAUCCAUCUUGGCCUCCCUCCUCUUCAUAAAGGCUAAAGAAAUAGGCAUGAUGACCAAAGGGUAUGUAUGGAUCAUGACAGAUGGAGUAACCAGUCUCAUAGAAUCACUCAAUCCUUCUGUCGUGGAAUCAAUGAAUGGUGCAUUGGGUGUUGAAUUUUAUGUUCCUAAAUCAAAAGAACUCAACAACUUCACCGCAAGAUGGAACAUGAGGUUCCAAAAUGACAACCCAACUGAUCAGCCAUUAAAACUAAGCACCUUUGGAUUAUGGGGAUAUGAUACAAUCUGGGCAGUAGCACAAGCUGCAGAAAAGGUUGGGCUUCCUAAUGCCAGAUCCCGAAAUCCGCCAGUCACAAAAAAAUCCACAAGGUUGGAAGACUUGGAAACUUCCAGUAAUGGUCCAGAACUCUUAAAUGCUAUAUUGCAGACCAACUUAAGAGGCUUAAGUGGCAACUUUGACCUUCGAUAUAGGCAACUGGAAGUUUCAACAUUUAGAAUAAUAAAUGUAGUUGGGAAAGGAGGGAGAGAAAUUGGAGUUUGGACUGUACAAAAUGGAAUUUCAAGACAAUUAGUUCAAACAAGAUUAACAACUGCGCAUUCAGGCACAAUGCCUGAUCUAAAUCCUGUGAUCUGGCCAGGAGACUCCAUAGAGGUACCCCGAGGCUUUGAGAUUCCUGUAAGUGGGAAGAAACUUCAAGUUGGUGUUCGCACAAGUGGAUAUCCAGAAUUUAUAAAGGUCGAGAAGGCUCACAGCACCGGUGCAACUACAGCAAGGGGCCUUUCAGUUGAUGUAUUUGAAGAGGCAGUAAAGAGACUUCCUUAUGAAUACGUGGCAUUUGGCAGUACAGAGGAUAUGGGUAGCAGGAGCUAUGAUGAUUUUGUAUAUCAAGUAUAUCUUAAGAAAUAUGAUAUAGCAAUUGGAGAUAUCACAAUCACGUAUAACCGGACAUGCUAUGUCGACUACACUAUACCAUACACAGAAUCAGGAAUAGCAAUGAUUGUUCCUGUGCAGGAUGGUGUCAACAAGAACACAUGGAUUUUCUUGAAGCCACUGACACCUGGCAUGUGGUUUGCAACAAUUGCAAUCUUUAUCUACACGGGUAUUAUUUUAUUAUCACUGGAACUUCUAGGGAACAAUGAGAAUGUUCGUGGACCAAUUCUCAGACAGCUCGGGAUUAUGAUCUUUUUCUCUAUUGGAGAGAAAGAGAUUGUGGAACGCUUUCUAUCUAGGAUAGUACUGAUUGUGUGGCUGUGUUUUCUGCUGGUACUUACAUCAAGUUAUACAGCCAAUUUAUCAUCGAUUCUCACUGUGCAACAGCUUCAACCAACGGUGACAGAUGUUCAUGAACUCCUAAAAAGAGGAGAAUGUGUAGGAUACCAUCGUGGUUCUUAUGUCAAGGGAGUUUUGGAAGAACUCGGUUUUGACAGAUCUAAGAUCAAGCCCUAUGACACACCUGAUGAAUUCAACAUUGCGCUUUCUAGGGGAAGCAGCAAUGGUGGUAUUGCAGCCCUUGUGCAUGAAGUUCCAUAUAUCAAACUAUUUCUUGCAAAGCAUUGUGAACGAUACACGAUGGUUGGACCAAUUUACAAAAGUGCAGGUUUUGGAUAUGUAAGUUCACUUGUGUUUGAUAUGCUUGGUUUGCAUAGUGAUACAUUUCUUGCACAGGCAUUUGCUAAAAGAGAUAGCAUAAUUGGUGACCUCUCAAGGGCAAUCCUUAACAUAACAGGAGGAGAUAAUAUGAUUCGAAUUGAGAAAAAAUGGAUUGGGGAACAAAACAAUUGCCAAAACGUGGGCACUGUAACAGGUUCAGGCAGUCUCACCCUUGCCAAUUUUAAGGGACUGUUCAUCCUCACCGGAGUAGCUUCAGCUUCUUCCCUUUUGAUAGCUUUGACUAUUUAUUUCUACAAAAAAAAGGAAAACUCAGCAACAAUCAUGCAGGAAUAUGUCGAGCCAGGGCCACGACAAGAAAAUGGAACAGAUGGUGAAAAUAAUGAACCAGAAGAAGGAAGUGGGGGCGGAAGAGUUGAGGAAAAUAUUCAGCCUGGAGAAGGCAUAGAGCGGAAUGGCCAGCCAAUACAACAGCAUGGAGUGGAGCACCUGUCAGACAGAAGUUCACAGAUAAGCACAGUUAUGAAUAAUGGUUCAGUUGUCGUUCACAGGGGUGAAAGAACUACCAGCCUGCAAACGGAAUCCAUCUAA